AUGAAGCAAGAGAUAGCGAUAUUGAGGCUAUGGCAGAAAGUCAUGGAGGAUCAGCGACCAAGACUGGCCUGGAACAACAAACCUAUUGAGACGGAAAGACAGAGUGAAAGACAGAGGGAAAGGGAGAGAAAAGCAGAAUUGGAGAGACAAGAAAUGAAGGAGAAAGUGAAACAGGCAGAGGAAACAAUAAAAGCGUUAGAACGAGAGAUUGAGAGAUUGAAAGAGAUUGAACAGGAAAUAGCAUUUGAAAGAAAAAGAGACAUGCGUAUUGCAGAGAAUGAGGAAGUCAAACAGGUUAACAAAAAGGUAAAAGAGUUAGAGAGAGAGAUUGAGAGAUUGAAAGAAGACAUGACAACAAAAGAGAUUCAAUACAAAAUAAAAUUUCAAAGAGCGAAAGAAGCGUUUAGAAGACAGAAUGAAAGAGUGAAACAGGUUAACAAAAAUGUACUAGUGUUAGACAGAGAGCUUGCGAGAAUGAAAGAAGAGAUUAGAUUGAAAGAUGAGACUGGACCAGAGAGAAAAUUUGAUAGAGACAGAGAGAGAGAUGGAGAGAGAGAUGGAGAGAGAUAUGGAGAGAGAGAGAUGGAGAUGGAGGGAGAGAUAGAGAGAGAGACAGCCCUCAUCAAUGACAACAAGACGUCUGAACUGGAGGAAAUCUUCAAGGAUAUCAAGGAACAGAUGACAGAAUUAGAAAGUAUGGAAACAGACGAGUAUACAUGGAAACAGAACCAAAUGGCCAUGGAGGAGAAGACAGAGGGUGAGAACGACACACAGAAAGAGGUAGAAAGAACGAGAAAAGAGAAAAUACCAAAACAGGGACAACAAGAAGAGGAGAAGAAGAAGGAGAUGGAGGGAGGAGAAGAAGAGGAGAGACACAAACAGAAGCAAAUAGAGAUGGAAGAGGAAGAAAGAGAGAGGGAGAACAAGAGAUGCAAGGAGAUAGAAAGGAAGAGUAUGGAGAAGAGACAGAAAAAAAUAGAAGAAGAAGAGAGACAGAGAGAGAUUGAAAGAAAGAGAAUGGAGAAGAGACAGAAAAAAAUAGAAGAAGAAGAGAGACAGAGAGAGAUUGAAAGAAAGCAUGAAGAAGAAAGAUGUAAACAGCAAAUAGAGAUGGAAGAGGAAGAAAGAGAGAGGGAGAACAAAAGAUGCAAGGAGAUAGAAAGGAAGAGUAUGGAGAAGAGACAGAAAAAAAUAGAAGAAGAAGAGAGACAGAGAGAGAUUGAAAGAAAGAGAAUGGAGAAGAGACAGAAAAAAAUAGAAGAAGAAGAGAGACAGAGAGAGAUUGAAAGAAAGCAUGAAGAAGAAAGAUUUAAACAGCAAAUAGAGAUGGAAGAGGAAGAAAGGGGGAGGGAGAACAAAAGAUGCAAGGAGAUAGAAAGGAAGAGUAUGGAGAAGAGACAGAAAAAAAUAGAAAAAGAAGAAGAGAGACAAAGAGAGAUUGAAAGAAAGCAUGAAGAAGAAAGAUGUAAACAGCCAAUAGAGAUGGAAGAGGAAGAAAGGGAGAAGGAGAACAAAAGAUGCAAGGAGAUAGAAAGGAAGAGUAUGGAGAAGAGACAGAAAAAAAUAGAAGAAGAAGAAGAGAGACAGAGAGAGAUUGAAAGAAAGAGAAUGGAGAAGAGACAGAAAAAAAUAGAAGAAGAAGAGAGACAGAGAGAGAUUGAAAGAAAGCAUGAAGAAGAAAGAUUUAAACAGCAAAUAGAGAUGGAAGAGGAAGAAAGGGAGAGGGAGAACAAAAGAUGCAAGGAGAUAGAAAGGAAGAGUAUGGAGAAGAGACAGAAAAAAAUAGAAAAAGAAGAAGAGAGACAAAGAGAGAUUGAAAGAAAGCAUGAAGAAGAAAGAUGUAAACAGCCAAUAGAGAUGGAAGAGGAAGAAAGGGAGAGGGAGAACAAAAGAUGCAAGGAGAUAGAAAGGAAGAGUAUGGAGAAGAGACAGAAAAAAAUAGAAGAAGAAGAAGAGAGACAGAGAGAGAUUGAAAGAAAGAGAAUGGAGAAGAGACAGAAAAAAAUAGAAGAAGAAGAGAGACAGAGAGAGAUUGAAAGAAAGCAUGAAGAAGAAAGAUUUAAACAGCAAAUAGAGAUGGAAGAGGAAGAAAGGGAGAGGGAGAACAAAAGAUGCAAGGAGAUAGAAAGGAAGAGUAUGGAGAAGAGACAGAAAAAAAUAGAAAAAGAAGAAGAGAGACAAAGAGAGAUUGAAAGAAAGCAUGAAGAAGAAAGAUUUAAACAGCAAAUAGAGAUGGAAGAGGAAGAAAGGGAGAGGGAGAACAAAAGAUGCAAGGAGAUAGAAAGGAAGAGUAUGGAGAAGAGACAGAAAAAAAUAGAAGAAGAAGAAGAGAGACAGAGAGAGAUUGAAAGAAAGAGAAUGGAGAAGAGACAGAAAAAAAAUAGAAGAAGAAGAGAGACAGAGAGAGAUUGAAAGAAAGCAUGAAGAAGAAAGAUUUAAACAGCAAAUAGAGAUGGAAGAGGAAGAAAGGGAGAACAAAAGAUGCAAGGAGAUAGAAGGGAAGAGUAUGGAGAAGAGACAGAAAAAAAUAGAAGAAGAAGAAGAGAGACAGAGAGAGAUUGAAAGAAAGAGAAUGGAGAAGAGACAGAAAAAAAUAGAAGAAGAAGAGAGACAGAGAGAGAUUGAAAGAAAGCAUGAAGAAGAAAGAUUUAAACAGCAAAUAGAGAUGGAAGAGGAAGAAAGGGAGAGGGAGAACAAAAGAUGCAAGGAGAUAGAAAGGAAGAGUAUGGAGAAGAGACAGAAAAAAAUAGAAGAAGAAGAAGAGAGACAGAGAGAGAUUGAAAGAAAGAGAAUGGAGAAGAGACAGAAAAAAAUAGAAGAAGAAGAGAGACAGAGAGAGAUUGAAAGAAAGCAUGAAGAAGAAAGAUUUAAACAGCAAAUAGAGAUGGAAGAGGAAGAAAGGGAGAGGGAGAACAAAAGAUGCAAGGAGAUAGAAAGGAAGAGUAUGGAGAAGAGACAGAAAAAAAUAGAAGAAGAAGGAGAGAGACAAAGAGAGAUUGAAAGAAAGCAUGAAGAAGAAAGAUGUAAACAGCCAAUAGAGAUGGAAGAGGAAGAAAUGGAGAGGGAGAACAAGAGACAGAGAGAGAGAAGAGAGAUAGACAGACGACAACAACAAGAGGAGAGACAGAAACAAAUGGAGAAAGAGACUCAGAAUCAGAGAGAGAUGGAAUUAAAAGAUCAGCAACACAAAGAGAUGGAGGAAGAAAAUAUUGAGGGACAGAAUGAACUGGAGAGAGAGAGGGAAGAAAAGCAGAAAGUGAUUAAGGAAGCAGAGGAGGAGGAAAGAGAAAGAGAAGAAGAGAGAAGAAAGGAAGUAAGCAUGAAGAAGUAUGUAGUAGUUAAUGUUAAAGAAAAAGCACGGGAAAUCUUCAACAGGCGUAAACAGAGGAGGUUAGAAGUGUUGAAGGGGGAACGAGAACAAAUAGAAAGAGGACAACAAAUCAGGAGGGAGAAGGAGGAAAGACUGCUGGAGAUGGAAAGAAAACAGGAGAGGGCAAGACGACAAGAGGAGCAGGAUAAAAAACGAGAGAUUGAAAUUGCUAGACAGAAAGAAAGUUUCAGACUAAGAGAGGAGGAGAGUCAGAGAGAGGAGGAGAGAGAGGAGGAGAGAGAGGAGGAGAGAGAGGAGGAGAAGAACCCUGAAGAGGAGGAGGAGAAUGAAGAUGACAAGGAGGAUCUUGUCCCAGCCAAUAAAAGUAUCCGAAGGAGAGCUGUGGACUGGUUGAAUAAGAAGUGGGAGAAGAGGAACCUCAGAAAGAUAGAGAGAACAUAUCAGAGAGAGAAGGAGGAGAGAGAGGAGGAGAGAGAGGAGGAGAGAAAGAGAGCCAUUCAAGGCCAUUUAGCUUUAAUCAGAGAGAGGGAGAAGAUGAUAGAGGCUAACAAAAGGGAGGAAGAGGAAAUAAGGAAGAUCCUUGAGAAGUACAAGAGGGGUGAGUUAGAGAACCCUGAAGAGGAGGAGGAGAACCCUGAAGAGGAGGAGGAGAACCCUGAAGAGGAGAAGAAGAAUGAAGAUGACAAGGAGGAUCUUGUCCCAGCCGAAAGGGGCUCCACCGAUAGAGGCGAUUCCACAUGGGGCGGGAGGAACCGUCCGUCCGAACACCGGCCAGAGGUGUACAUACUAUAGUAAUUGCCUAUUAAGUGCCAAAUAAAGUAACAGGGUUGACUGUAACAGGGUUGACUAUUUCAUUUUGAAUCGACCAGAAAUCCCUGUGUGACAGUGGGAAUGGAAUGCAAGUUUGCCAAACAAAUGUAAAUAGUUGAAAUCAUUCUAGACCUUCUAUCUAUGGGUAACAGGGUUGUAAUGUUAUGCUUGACCCACCCAGUGGUGAUUUUAGCAUGUCAAUGUUGGUGGGGGAAACUCCGGCAUUUUUUAUUUCUUCCAGAUGCAUGCCAGCAAAGCCACAACACAACACUAAACAAUACAUUGAUUGCACUAUAACGGUGACAAACGGUGCCCACAAACUGUUAGGGCCUACAUAAAGCUGUCCCAAAUGCAGAGCUUUCUUUGCAGCACCAUGGAGUGAAUCCUUACCACCGCUACACCUGGCUUUCAGCGGAGCCUUGUCAGGCAACGAAACAGUUAAUUAAACCUAAUUUACUGCCUUUUAAAACAACAUAGCUGAUAUGGCUGACUUGCUUAAACAAAUGUGGUUUCUAAUGACAAUUGAGAUGUACAAACUAUGGCAUAAGGGGACGACGAGCGGAAAAGAGGCAAUCCGUAAUUUAGAUGAAGACAUUAAUGAGCGAGCUAGGGUGGAACGUAGUCAAUAUAACUAUUUGUUCAGCACUUUUGAAAUGUACAGCGACAUAAUUUAGAACAUGGGCCGUUCUUACAGUAUUCUCCCUGUACACCAAGUCAGAACCCUGGGAUAAAUAAAGGGGGCAUAUAAGCAGACAAUGAAAGCUCUUACAAUAUUCGAUCAUUACAUUUCUCUAAAACAGGCUUAGUAUUACUUUCUUAGCUACAGUAUACAUAUCUCCCUGGCAUAUUACAUCAUUUAUGCAGCAGCAUUGAAUACAUUUUUGGACUCACCUUGUUGUGCUGUGCUCACUUGAACAGGAAGGUAGCGCGGCGGUCCUUUUUGUAGGAACAUUUUGUCAAAGUCCGGCAUUCUCUGGAUUUAUGGUGCUUUCAAGACAACUGUGAACUCUGAAAAAAAACAAGGUUGAAUCAUGACGUCAGCGAUCUUCAGGUCGGAGCUCUAGAAAGAGGCUCGAGUUCCAGACUUGAAAUUUCGACUUGGAUGACCGUUCAAAACGUAUUUUCCCCAGUCGGAGCUCAUUUUAUUCAGAGUUCCCAGUUGUCUUGAAUGCGCAAUAAAUCAUGCUGGAUUGACAGCAUGGCCAAUGUAUUCAACCUUUUCUGGCCCGUGGUGUGUUGCAUGUGAAUGUUGAUCCUUUUAAGCUUGGAAAAGUGGCCCUUAAACCCAGACUUGGUCCUCACAUCCACUCCACUGAAUAGCAGGCUAGUGAUUGCUUUGCAACGCUUGCAGUUAGCCACUGAUUCCUUCCAAACCACUCAUUGUUGAAUUUGCGAUUUCCAACUUGUAGUGUAAUGUUUAUGUCCAAAGGCCGAUGAGCACCGAUACGUUUUAUCUAUAAUUUCUCUUCAUAUGACAAGGAUUGAAAAGGAUUUGCCAGUAGAUUGUCGACUUGAUUCAUGAUGACUGCUUGUCUAGCUUGCUAGCUAAGAUUUUGAAAGUAUGAUGUUGACAUGAUCCGUCCAAUCAAAGCUACGGUAGAUAUAACGUGAUUUGACGUCAUUUUAUCUGUGGCCAAUGACCUUGAGCCUUCUUGGAUGGGCACUUCUAAUGUAAAUCUAUGGCAGCACCCAAGGGGCUUGAAUUUUUCGAGCUCUCCCCGUAGAUUUUGCUGUGACGUAGUGUCCCCAUGAGUGACAGAACACUGAGCCAAUCACGGCGCAACUAGAGAACAUUACCAAUCCAUUCGCUCCGUAUUUUCCACUGGCUGCCCCACCACCACCACAGAAAGCACUGAGCUGGCUGAAACACCUGCAUUCUGGAGCUGCUUUACUGAAGAAAGCAACAAAGAGACCAUGUUUGUACGCGGCUUUAUUAACUCAAUUAUUUAAAAAAAUUGUUACAUUGUUUGCAAACUGAUAUGUGACACGUAUUAAUGCCAAAAUAACAUGCAAAACAGGCACACCAUUUUUUAAAAUCAAUAUUUUGUUGUUGUUGAGCUAAACAGGUGGGGAUCUGCUCCAGCUGCACUGAAUGCACACACUGUAUAUACAUUUUCUGUUGUAUUUCUGACUUUAUGUUUUUUUUUACCCCAUAUGUAACUCUGUGUUGUUUUUAUUGCACUACUUUGCUUUAUCUUGGCCAGGUCGCAGUUGUAAAUGAGAACCUGUUCUCAACUGGCUUACCUGGUUAAAUAAAGGUGAAAUAAAUAAAUAAAUAAAAAAUGACGGGUCGCCACUGCACCUGUCAGCAACGCCUGUGGCAGAAAUCCACUCAUUUGAAGCGGUGUCCACAUACUUUUGUAUAUAUAGUGUAUUCAUGUACUUACAAUAAUGCGUUGGGUCAACUUAUAUUAAAUGUACUUACAAUAAUGCGUUGGGUCAACUCCUAUUGCACAGAGUUGAUUUAUGAUUUCUAGAAUGUUUUAAUUAUAUGCCUGGACUUUUCACUGUCUUUUUUUUUUUACAAUUUAUAUCUUGUUAAAUAUGAGCCACUAUUGGUCACUGACUUCAGUUUCUUUGCAUUUUGCAUCAUUCCAUUACAUCGUUAGUUUACCUUUCUUUCCUCGGUCACGUUGGUGUGGUUGCUCCUGAGGAUCGCUAGCAAUAGUGGAUCACGUUAGGCAGUGGCGGCUCCUGAAAAAAUUCUCAGGAGGGGCAAUUUUUCUGAUGAUUUAGGUGACCUACACACAUUUAAAAAAAGAUAUGUCCAGCAACAACAUGAAGACAGGGGCAGCAUAUAAGUCAAUACCAGAAGCAUUUAUUGACUGAUCUGGGGAGAUGGAUUCCAGUUUCUGUGACAGAUUAUAAAUAAUCUCUGAUGCCUUUGUUAUAUUAGCUUUUGGUUGAAUGUACUGUCGUAGUAAAUAUAUAAUGUUAUAGCUUGGUCUGACUAAAAUCUUGUGCAUGACCCAUUUUGUGUUGGGCCUUUGUAUUCAAUACAAUGAACAAGAGUCCUAUCUUGUCAGCCUUGUCAGCAGGUGGCUAAGGAUAACACCCACGCCAUAGGUCUCUCAGUUCUUCCAACUCACGAGUUCUUGCCCUGAGGACACACACACACACACACACACCCACACACACACACACACACACACACACACACACACACACACACACACACAUCAUCACUGAUAAACACACACACACACACACACACACACAUCAUCACUGAUAACAAACACACACACACACACACACACACACACUGAUAACAAACACACACACACACACACAAAUCCUCUUCUCUUAGGCUGAACAUCUGAAGACAGAGAACCCGACUCAGAGCCAAUGCAACAGUGACACUAGCCUGGAGGUGACCUCGCCCAACUCAUCAGGACCAAUCAGAAGAUCAGAACUACUAGAUUCAACCUACUUCAUUUUAUUGUAUAAAAUGUCAGCACACAAUGUUUAGGGGCUCUUCUGAUAAACUCCCUACGAGUUUGACGAACGGGUCCGUGCACGCGAUUCCAGAUAUCUUUACCUCUGAAUAAACUGCCUUAUAUUAUACAAUUAUCCACCUUGUCCAAAAGUCUCUACUUGGUCUCCGUUCUCCAGUAAACUUGUUUUAUCAACAAUAGUAAGGUUCAAUGACACAGAAAGCAGUUCAAUGUCGGGGUACAGAGUCGCUCUCUUACCAGGAUCGCGGUCCGCUCUGACCAGGGUGAAGCCGGCCGGCUCCACCUCUCUGUCCGGGACUCUGUCAUCCAGCCAAGUCUCCCAGCUGUAUUGGGAUUCCGCUGCCAGCAGCGUUUUCAUUAUUUAGUCCGUUCGUAGCGGGUAUGUACACGAUCAACAAGAUCAGUCCAAAACCGAAGAUCAGUCCAAAGCAGAAUUUUUGCAGAAUGUUUGUAAACUAAGUCUACAAAUUAAAAACAUAAAAUAACGCCACACUGCAGGUCGCAACAUAGACGCUGCUAGCCGCCAUUGUCUUAGUUACGUUCAACGUUACGUCACGUAUGACGAAAGCGCGUAAGUGCAUGCCCACAGACACCCAUAGAGAAUGUAUUGAAAGCUUUGAAAUGUGAAAAAAAUUGAUUUUACAUGACAGGCUAUGAGAGACUUCUGGGCGAUUUUCAACCUGACUGAAAUCGCCCAAAAAACGGGCGGGGCCAUUUGAAGCACGACUUUAGCCUGAUUUGACAUUUAGUGGCUGGCAGAUCAGACGUGAACACUGAUAACUGCUGUUGCCGUGAUAUAAUUGAUUAGAAAAAAAAUCCCUUCCUUUUCCCGUUUGGCAGUGCGUCGCCCAUAUCGCCCUAUUGAACAAGCCGUCCCUGACGUUAGGCUAACGUGUUACAAGUUGUGCAAUAAUUUGGGACAUGUAGCCUAUUCGAAUGAUUAUGGCUCGCAGACCAUACGUAGCAGUUUAAACCUGGAGCCUGGUUCACGACUGGACCGUUGUCAUCACAGUUCCAUGAUUAGUGUGGUCCUCUGUAGCUCAGCUGGUAGAGCAUGGCGCUUGUAACGCCAAGGUAGUGGGUUCAAUCCCCGGGACCACCCAUACACAACAAAUGAAUGCACGCAUGACUGUAAGUCGCUUUGGAUAAAAGCGUCUGCUAAAUGGCAUAUUAUUAUUAGUGAGGAUUAUUAGGGUAGAUUUAUAGGACUACUGUUCAACCCCUAUUGUACACUUUACUCACCUUCCUAUUUCAUGGAUUGAAAAAUUGAAUAUGGCAACUUUCAGGAUGAAUCAAUCCACUGUAUUUUGGAUUCACCAAUAUAUUUCAUGCAAAAAAAGGCAGUCCAAACCUGUUUUUGUAUUAUUCAUAAAUACUUUCCUAACCCUAAAUAAUAUUCAAGAUCUGAGUAUUUUUAAAUCUGCCAAUUGGUGCUGAAAAGGAGAUGAAUAUGUGUGUAUUUACAUGGCUUUCUUUCAUUGAUCCCUAAUAUUCUGAACCGUCUCUCCAUACAUUCUACUGAGUCUGUCGAGAAUUUUCUAAUUAAAAGGUACACCAUAUUUAAAGGGAUGGCUUUAGAUACAUUUACUGAAAACCCUAUUGAAUAUAAAAGUCCACGAGAAAACAUGUUGGCCAGCAAGUGGGAGGGUUUUCAGUGGUUGAAUUCAAUGUAUUCAGCGUGCGCAAGGGAACCACGCCUGCAUUAGGUAAGUCUGAAUACCAACUACUGAGAAGUGCGUAGGAAAGAUGUCCCUUGCAAAAAAAGAUUGCAGUUUUGAAACUGCAAUAAAAGUGCAGUAACUGCAGUCAACUGUGGUAUUUUGGACGCAGUAAUUGCAGAAUAACUGCAGUGUACAGCAGUUAUACUGCACUCUUAACUGCAAAAUUACUGCAGUAAAAAAAAACAAGUAUUUUGGACGCAGUAUUUGCCGCAUAGUGCAGUUAUACUGCACUCUUGACUGCAAUCUUUUUUUCGUAAGGGUACAUUUCCUGUAUCGGGCCCCACAAGCUUAGUUUAACUAUCAUACACCAUCAGAACCCCCAAAAUAAGAUAGUUUUACUCCACUUGUAAAAAAAAAAAAAAACGGCCAGCUCAUCUCCUUUCCAAGACCCCAACUUUCUUUUGGUUUUCCUAUUGGAAUAAGGUCACACCAAUCAUCAUAAUUGGAUUAGCCAACCAGCAGCCCCCCCCCCCCCCCCCCCCCCCCCCCCCCAAGAUUUAGCGUAAUACCCGACCAGGCAGGGCCUCAGGCAGUCUGUAGUUUCCGUUCUGAUGACCAACCUGUUUUUCUCUCCUGCUUAUUCAACCUCCUUUAGAAGAAAUUGCUUUUCUUUCUGAUGUUUAUUGUGCGUGCAGCUAAAUAACCAUAAUUAGUAUCAGAGAGAGUGGUGUUGUAUGAGUGGAUCUUCAUUAAACCUUGGACUGGAACGACUGCUUCCUCCUGUUCUGACCGGACACCCUGUGGUGUUUGCUGCCGGCCUAAAAUCCACCGCCUACGUUUUGUAUCCUUUUUUAUUGGUCCUUCGAAUUCAUAAACAACCCAUAUUUUUCACCAACGUUUGUAAAGAUGGACGGUCAGUCCUUGCAUCCAUUAGCUCCUAUGAAUUUGAGAGGUUACAUUUCUACAUCCCUGAGCUCUACACCAAACCAAAGUAACCCUGUGGGGUUUUUUCUGCUUCCUGCUUGGUUGUUUAGCAACAAAACGGACAUGGUUGGCUUAGAUUGUUGACAACAUGUCAACUAUAUUUAGUCUCUAUAUGUUUAUUAAAUAAAUGUGCUCAAUGAGCACUCAAACACAUCCUUACAGUUGUUGGUUAGCCAGCUAAUUUUAGCAAUAUUAGCAUAGACGUGAAAUCAGUCAACACCUCAAAAUGAGACACGGUAUCAAGAACAAGAUAAAACUAACUGAAACAAUUCCCCACAUGGCAGCUUCUGGUCAUUGCUGCUAGCUAUCUGAUGUGCAGAAUCACGAAAACACAUGGACUUCUGCCACAUUGAAGCCUGCACAUCGUUUUUCGUGUCAUUGUCAGCAAACAGGGGUGAAGCAUAAUGUGGUGAGAAGAUAUCUUCAGAUCUAUAUUAUUGUAAAGAUAAAAACAAAUAUCUAGGAUUUAUUUACCACCAUGCACCUGCCCAGUCAUGUCAAAUCCAUAGAUUAGGGGCUCAUGAAUUUAUUUCAAUUGACUGAUUUCCUUAUAUGAACUUUAACUCAGGAAAAUUGUUGAAUUUGUUGCAUGUUGCGAUUAUAUUUUUUGAUUAUACAUUUUGCCUCAGGAACAGGAGUGGAGAAAUAGGAUUCCUUUCUUUCAGCAACUUGAGAGAAUGCGAAUCCACAGUUAGAAAGCCUCUGUACAGGUGGCCUCUUUAUCAGGGUCAUAAAAGCUGAUAGGCUUGGAUGCAUAUUUUAUGUGUACUAACUGAAAUCUUAUCAGAAACUUGUUGGGUCGUUUUUCACAGAUGUAUUAUUUAUAUUUACUUACAACCGGUCAAACGGAUGUCAUUUGGACAUUUUGAACAGAAUAUCUCCCUUUUUUUUUGUCUUUUUGCUCCACGAAAGAAGCAGAGAUGACAUAAAACGUUACCAAUGUCUGCUAUAUUGAAGCAUUCAUUCUAUGACAUUAUUCUGGUGAGUAAGGGUUUAUUUAUUCUUCCAGGGCAACAUAUAAUGACAGAAGAGAAGCUGCAUUUAUCUAAUUAUAGACAAGUUGACUAACUAAUAUCCGGAAAUUAGGCCUAAAGCAGAAACUAAGCAAAGAAAAUCCUGCAUCAUCUGUAAAAAAUAAAAUAAAACAUUCCUCCGUCUCCGACUAGCCUACAGCGCAUGGUCUAUAUUAGCGGGUUAUCACAUAGUCUGGCAGUUGCGUGCGGGUGAACAAACAAAGUGGUUUGACAGCUCCUUUUGGACGUUACAUUUACAUUUUAGUCAUUUAGCAGACGCUCUUAUCCAGAGCGACUUACAGGAGCAAUUAGGGUUAAGUGCCUUGCUCAAGGGCACAUCGACAGAUUUUUUUCCACCUCGUCGGCUCAGAACCAGCGACCUUUCGGUUACUGGCACAACGCUCUUAACCACUAAGCUACCUGUCGUUAUAUAUUAUAUCCCCUAAAAAAGAGCCAAUGAUACAGAAAUGCAAGGGUCAAAGAGUCUCUGCAUAAACAAAGAUAUGCUUCUGAACGGUAGAAUCCUGCUAUUGGUCAAAAUGAGUAUGAGAAGGGGUUCAUACUCUGGGUGACCUGCACAAUAAUUAGGUAUUUUUGUCACUUGAAGAAAUGCGGAAUAAGUAUAAACGGUGUGAUGGAGACAUGUGGUCCUCAGCUGGUAGAGCACGGCGCUUGUAACGCCCAGGGUAGUGGGUUCGAUCCCCGGGACCACCCAUACGUAAAAAUGUAUGCGCACAUGACUGUAAGUCGCUUUGGAUAAAAGCGUCUGCUAAAUGGCAUAUUAUUAUUAUUAUUAUAUAUGCUAAUUAAAAGCGGUGUGAUAAUAAGGUAUAUGGAGAUAUGCUAAUGAAAAAGCUGUGUGUCAACACUAGGUGGUGCCGUUAUGUCAAAAAGGCAAGAGCGUCUGCUAAAUGAUGUAAAUGUAACAGUAACAAUGUUGUAGAAGCUUUUUUUUUCACUACAAAUUUGGUACAAUCAGCUUCUUUAUGUUACAAAAUGCUGUUAAAAAGGUUAAUAAUGACAACUGUUAAGUUGAGAAUUGUGGGAAAGGGAUUUACAAUGCGAGAUAAGACAUGGUUGUCAGAAGCCAAGAGAAAAGGUAUACAAUUUAAAGUUUUUCAUAGAUUUUAUUUUACUCACCUAAGGUUACAUAGGAUGGGUUUGUCACAGGAUUGACGUGUGUUGUCAAUGUGAAGGGGGGCAAAAGGAACCCUCCUACAUGCACCGUGGGAAAGCUCGGUUGUGCACCCCCUAUGGGACAAAGCCUUACAGUGCAUGGGAGACGGAGUUUGAUCCAAGGUACCCAGGUCACCAAUACCGUGUCUGUUGAGUGACAAGCCUGAUAUAAGAGGAAUUAACCAGACAGAAUUGAAAUAUAAUGUUUAAGUAUUGUGUUUGUGUUAAGGCUGGUCUUGAAACAAUGGAAAAGCUCUAAUGAGCCAGUGUUCACGUAGUGGAUGAAUAUGUUAAUUAAAACAUUACGGAUGAAUAUGUUAAUAAAAACAUUACGGAUGAAUAUGUUAAUUAAAAACAUAGUAUGAAAUCAUCUUAGCAAAGAGGCAGGAGAAAGAUUCCAAAAAGAUAUGGGAACAAUUCUUGUGUUUCCUUAAGGGCACAUAACAGAAUAUCGUGUCCAUGUAAAUAGCAGAUCAUUUAUCAGGAAAACAUCUCCUUAUGGUUUUAUGUGUUUUGUAUUUGUGUUUGUUGUUGUUAAAGAUAUUUUACAAAAAAUCUAUAUAAAAAAAUAAAAUAAUUAUGCAUAAGCAAUCAAAAAAACAAAUAAAUUAUAAAUGUAAAAGACAUGAGACCCCUCAACUUUUGCACAUUUUCACAGAUUUAUAUUUACUUACAACCGGUCAAACUGCUGUCAUUUGGACAUUUUGAACAGAAUAUCUCCCUUUUUUUUUGUCUUUGCGCCACGAAAGAAGCAGAGAUGACAGAAAACGUUACCAAUGUCUACUAUAUUGAAGCAUUCAUUCUAUUACAUUAUUCUGGUGAGCAAGGGUUUAUUUAUUCUUCAAAUUCAUAAUUACCUGACAAUUGGUUUAUAUCUGACACUUAAGGUCGCGUUCGUUGCAAUACUACCGUGAUGCUAACAGUAUUAGGCUUAUAUAGUAUCAUAACAGAUCAUCACAAUAGUAUCACUUAAACCACGCAAUAACUUAGACCUCAUUUGAACUAGUACAACCGUAUCAUAGCUUAGAAAGUCUCGUAAGCUCGACCACAUCUUUUGCUUUCGACAGCUCUACUUUUGGUCACACUGGGUUGUUUUGAACGCAGUACACUCUUAGAAAAGAAGGCGCUACCUAGAAAGAAAGGGUUAUUCAAUUGUCCCCCAUAGGACAACCAUCUGGAAAUAACUGUUUUUUUCCUUUCACUAAUGCAAGGUUCUACGUAGCACCUUUUUCACCACCAAAUGGUUCUUCUACCUGUAACAAACAAAAAACAGGUUCUCCUACGGGGACAAACAAAGAACCCUUUUAUUUCUAAGAGAGUCUGACAAAUCUUGUGUUUUAAUUUUAAAGUUAAUUUUAGUUAAUUUUCCAUAAAGAGACAUCUGUAAACCUAUCCCAAGGAGGAACCAAUAGAGAAGCCGUUACGCCACGGGGAAGGCUUUAGAAGCUACAAUUAUACAGUAGAGAAUUGGUCCCAAAGUCCACAGAACUCCCCACAGUAAUUAUUUCAAUAUGGAGAAGACGCCAGGAAGCACAAAAUAAAAUGUAAUUCUUGAGGAAAUCAAUUUUAAAUUUGUAAAAAACCCUAGAAAAUCAAAAUCAACACAGCAGACUUUCCAUUUCCUUCCAGCCUGGUCCCAGAUCGGUUUGUGGUGUCCUGUUGACUCCUACAGCAGCAUUACAAUGACAUGCCAUCAAGAGUUUGCACUAGGGACAGCACAAUGAGAUCAGGAACCAGGCUAAUUUCCUUUUUUGGUUUGCCAGCAGGACAUACCCCAACAAUAGUACGUACUGAGAACAGGACAACGGGACACAGGCAUUACUGCACACAGGUCGCGCACACAGUCAAUAAAAAGGGAGUUCCCCCAACUCCUAUGAACAUUGUAAUGGUCUUGUGAUAAUGAUCAUAUUAAAAAUGGCAAAGGCAGUACAAAAACACAUCUGGAACCAGGCUAUGGCACAUCCCAAACGAAACAAAACCCCUCUCUUGCCCACACUAGGUCCUUUCAGAUCAGCUAGAGGGGUUGAACAAGGCCCAAGGGAGAGCACCACUGGUGUCCCCCAGGGAUCGGUUUUGGGCCCUCUCCUUUUCUCCCUAUACACCAAGUCACUUGGCUCUGUCAUAUCCUCACAUGGCCUUUCCUAUCAUUGCUACGCUGACGAUACACAACUAAUCUUCUCCUUUCCCCCUUCUGAUCACCAGGUGGCGAAUCGCAUCUCUGCAUGUCUGGCAGACAUAUCAGUAUGGAUGACGGAUCACCACCUCAAGCUGAACCCUGGCAAGACGGAGCUGCUCUUCCUCCCCGGGAAGGACUGCCCGUUCCAUGAUCUCGCCAUCACGGUAGACAACUCCGCUGUGUCCUCCUCCCAGAGUGCGAAGAGCCUAGGCGUGACCCUGGACAACACCCUGUCGUUCUCCGCCAACAUCAAGGCGGUGACCCGCUCCUGCAGGUUCAUGCUCUACAACAUUCGGAGAGUGCGACCCUGCCUUACACAGGAAGCGGCGCAGGUCCUGGUCCAGGCACUUGUCAUCUCCCGUCUGGACUACUGCAACUCGCUGUUGGCUGGGCUCCCUGCCUGUGCCAUUAAACCCCUACAACUCAUCCAGAAUGCCGCAGCCCGUCUGGUGUUCAACCUUCCCAAGUUCUCUCACGUCACCCCCCUCCUCCGCACACUCCACUGGCUUCCAAUUGAAGCUCGCAUCCGCUACAAGACCAUGGUGCUUGCCUUUGGAGCAGUGAGGGGAACGGCACCCCUGUACCUUCAGGCUCUGAUCAGUCCCUACACCCAAACGAGGACAUUGCGUUCAUCCACCUCUGGCCUGCUGGCUCCCCUUCCUCUGCGGAAGCACAGCUCCCCCUCAGCCCAGUCAAAACUGUUCGCUGCUCUGGCACCCCAAUGGUGGAACAAGCUCCCUCACGACGCCAGGACAGCGGAGUCACUCACCACCUUCCGGAGACAUUUGAAACCCCACCUCUUUAAGGAAUACCUGGGAUAGGCUAAAGUAUUCCUUCUAACCCCCCCCCCCCCCCCCCCCCCCCAAAUUGUAAAGUGGUUAUCCCACUGGCUAUAGGGUGAACGCACCAAUUUGUGAGUCGCUCUGGCUAAGAGCGUCUGCUAAAUGACGUUAAUGUGCCCUUGAGCAAGGCACUUAACCCUAAUUGCUCCUGUAAGUCGCUCUGGUUAAGAGCGUCUGCUAAAUGACUAAAAUGUAAAAUGUAAAUGUAAGCAUAAGGAGGGUUCUGUCUGUUUGGGACUGGGCCAUGGAGUUGCUUAGCCUGGUGAACCCAGAUUGGAACGCUGCGUUCACCAGCUUUCAAGUCUGGUUUAGCCAGGCUAGGAGUUGAUACUGUGUCAUUCGUGAAGGGUGUCGGUCAGUGUUUCUAAUAUUCGGAUGGUGCUUUGGUAAACGUUUCAGGAUGGAUCUCUCUCUCUCUCUCUGUUAAUCAGAACAGAUGGGUUCCAUUCAAUCAAAGACAAGACGGAAAAAUCAGGAAAAAAUCUUCCAAUACUAAAAAAAAAAAACAGCACUCUUUCAUAAAAUCUUUCAAAUCAAAGUUUUAUUUUCUGAAUCUUUCUUCACCCAGUAAACAUUGUCUAUGAAUCACAUGACUUAAAAUGUGGUGUUUUUCAAGUUUUUGUGCAGUAGUGAUGUUGUUUUUCCACAGUGCAGAUUUUCCUGUACUGUGUGUUUGAUUGAAUACCAGCCCGACACAGAAAUCCCAUCCAUAUUAUCGUCAUAGAUUCAAAUCAACCCUUGCAUAUUAAAGAUAAAAUAUUCUUCUGAAUAUAAUAUAUUUUAUAUAUGUAUUAUAUAGACACACCCCUAAUGUACUUCGCCUCACACUGUAAUCCUAACAUCAAAUGUUACCACUCGCAAACUACCUUUAAUUAAAUAAUUUCUAACCCCUUUAAGAGCAAUUCAACAAAUAAGUAGACUUCUAAAAUAUCGUUCUUCUUUACAGUUCGACAAAACAUUGAGUCUAGUAAGAAGAGGAAUAUUGGAACCGCUGGGAGUGGCUCAGCUGAA